GCCCGCCCCGCUUGGAGGCUCCAGCUUGCCGGCGCGUCCCGGACCCCGGAGUGCUGGCGGAGACGCGUCUUGGGCCCAGAGCGACCAUGACAGUCCCUUGCCUUCUCCCACGGCAUCCUGUUUGGCGUUUGAGAUGGUGGCUGAAUGGCCACAAGCGAAUGCUGGUGGGAAUGACUGGUCCUCCCACCCUUUUGGUGAUGAAGGCAAAGAAACCUUCCGGAGUCUACAGCUUUGAGCAUGCCAGGUUUGUUAGAGAUUUCUGCAUGACCCCGGCUGGUGCCCAGGAGGUGAUGCUCACCUGUGACCGGUAUCCUGUGCGGAGGUUGCCUUUUGCUGAGGUGUCUGAAGACGACUUGGCAUUCUUUGAACGAAUUAUCCCUGGAAGAGUCAGCACAGAUCCUCAUGAACUAAGACUUAUGAAUGUGGACUGGCUCAAAAUGGUUCGAGGCUGUAGUAAGGUGCUGCUGAAACCCAAGACGACAGAGGAGGUUUCCCAAAUACUCAGGUACUGCAAUAAGAAGAAUCUGGCUGUCAAUCCUCAGGGGGGGAACACAGGUAUGGUGGGGGGCAGCGUUCCUGUCUUUGAUGAAAUCAUCCUCUCCACAUCCCUUAUGAAUCAAGUCAUCAGCUUCGACCCUGUGGCUGGAAUUCUGGUUUGCCAGGCCGGGUGCAUCCUUGAAGAACUGAACCAGUAUGUAGAGGAACGAGAUUUCAUCAUGCCCAUUGAUUUGGGAGCGAAGGGCAGCUGUCACAUUGGUGGGAAUGUGGCCACCAACGCAGGUGGUCUCAGACUGCUGAGAUACGGUUCUCUGCGUGGGACGGUUCUUGGACUAGAAGCGGUGCUAGCUGACGGCCUUGUUCUGGACUGCUUAACUUCCCUGAGGAAGGACAACACUGGCUAUGACCUCAAGCAGCUUUUUAUUGGCUCAGAGGGAACCCUGGGCGUCAUCACUGCUGUUUCCAUUCUGUGUCCUCGGAAACCUAAGGCUGUGAACUUGGCAUUCCUAGGUUGUCCAGGCUUUGCUGAAGUUCUGAAAACCUUCAGUACCUGCAAGGGAAUGCUGGGGGAAAUCUUGUCUGCCUAUGAAUUCAUGGAUGACAAAUGCAUGCAGCUGGUAGAGAAACACCUCCGACUGUCCAGCCCCAUCAAAGAAAAUCCCUUCUAUGUUUUAAUUGAAACUUCGGGCUCUGACGCUGGGCAUGAUGAGGAAAAAUUGAAUAACUUUCUGGAGCAGGUCAUGAGCUCUGGUUUGGUAACAGAUGGCACUGUAGCCACGGAUAACACAAAAAUAAAGAUGCUGUGGUCCCUGAGGGAGAGAAUCACAGAGGCCCUAAGCUGCGAUGGCUACGUAUACAAAUAUGACAUCUCUCUCCCUGUAGAGAAGCUGUAUGAUAUCGUCCUUGACAUUCGGAGCCGCCUGGGCCAGAGUGCCAAGAGCGUGGUGGGUUAUGGACACCUAGGAGAUGGCAAUCUGCAUUUAAAUGUAACGGCCAAGUCAUUCAGCUCUUCCCUCCUGAAGGCCAUCGAGCCUUAUGUGUAUGAGUGGACCGCCCGGCACCAUGGGAGUAUAAGUGCGGAACAUGGACUGGGGUUCAAGAAGAAAGAUUUCAUUGGCUACAGCAAGCCCCGUGAAGCGGUCCUUCUCAUGCGGCAGAUCAAAGGCAUGCUGGAUCCCAAGGGAAUCCUGAACCCUUACAAGACCCUGCCAUCGAGUUCUUGCUAAUGCUGCCCUCCCUUGCUGCUUACUGCUAUUCAGACUCAUGUGGACCCUCCCAGUCAGUAUUCCUUCUCUGUUAUAAUCAAUGAUUGUAAUGAAGAGCCAAGAAGGACUUCAGACACAGCCUCAUUGUGCUGAUUGUGCUGGGUGUGGAGGCCAGAGGGCUGGCGACCCUUUCUACUGGCUCCUGCUCUGGGGUGGCUUCUUUUCCAGGUUGGGGCCAUGGUGCCCCUAUUUGUUGGUGUGUUAUGUGGAAAGAACCCUGGGUUUGGAGUUCACAUCUAGGCUCUUGUGUGAUUUGGGAAAUUCCCUUUAACCUCUAUGGGCCUCAGAGUUCUGACUCAUACAAUGAUUGCUUCCCAGGCCCUUCUGUCUUGAAUCUUCUGCGCAUAAUGUUCAGGUGAGUCAAAGUAUAGGUGUGAUGGCAGUGUUUGCCAUACGAUUUAGCCUGGUAGUCCUAGUGGGCAAUGUGAAUUUGUCCUCUUUUUUCCCAUUCCUUAAUCAGAGGCAGGAAUGGUUGGGGGUGGCCACCUCUGAUUAAAACAGUGAAAACAUGUGUUGGCUGUCCUCAGUGCUCUCUUAAAGGUGCAAAGUUCAGUGCCUUGAUUCUGUAGGAAGAGAUGCUCUACAUCAGCCUUACAUAGAAUUACAAAAACCCUACCUGCCUUCAGCCCUGGGUAGCAAAUAUCAGCAGACAAGCAUCCUUUCCUAUUCCUGUAUACCGAUUGUGUGUUUGGGACAAGGAUGCCAAGAGUUGGGUAUUUAUUUCAGUCAUUUUACCCUGAGCCCAUUCAGCUGAUGGAAAUACAUUUAGCUCCUUCCUCUGGGGGCAUGAUUUCCUGUCUUGGGAAAGGUUUUUGUGGAGGUCAGAAGAGGCCAGGCUUGGGUGACAAGGACAGGGUGGGUGGUAAUCACAGCUUGCCAUUGGCUUUCAUUGGAUUUGUCUUAUGCUUUAAGGAUUCCAAUGUGCUUUGCCUAUCAUUUUCUUUGAUCCUCAUGGUAACCCUAUGAGGUAGGUGCUUCUUUUAGUCCCAUCUUACAAAUGAGCAAACAGGCUGAUAGAGGUCAAGAGACUUGUCUGGGGUCACAGAGCUAGUUAAGUGUCUGUGGCAGGGUUUGAACUCAGAUCUUCCUUCCUGACUCCAGUUCUAGCACUGUUUCUACCUUACCACCUUAAACACUCAGGGCGACAACCUUAGCUCUUAGUAUGUGAUUUGCGUCAGAUUAAUAGAGAUGCCAAAGGAAACUGGGCAGGAUCAUGUCGAUGUGGAUUUUCUCAUUCGGAAGGCCAAGCUAAUCCUCCUGAUGGAGUACCUACUCUGUUGUUUUAGCUUGGCUUGUCUGUUGUGAACAUGGGUUGUGGUUUUCCCUGCUUGGAGACACAAGUAAACUGAGGCAUAGAAUCAUGCUCCAGGGCCCUUAUUCCAGCGUUUCACAGUUGCAUGAUCUCAGAGUUGGAGAGGACCUUGGAGGAAUCCAUACUCGAGCAGGUGAAUCCCCUCUGGCAAUGUGGGUUUUUGUCUCAGUUACUGCUGGAGGGGUGAUCACCUGUGGUCUUCUGGGACAUGUGUCUUGUCUAAUGCAUUCAGAGUUGAUGUCUUUCCCAAUAUGGCCCACAUCUUCCUAUAGCAGCAUUUACUGGAGAUGAAGACAAAUAUUUCAUGGAUUUUUCCUAUCUCUUUUCCCUCUGUAUGGUCAUUUCUGUAGGCUAACAAAGAUUUUCCCAAAGCUGGGUAGCAGAGGCAAAGUGGAUGAGCCCACUGGACUGGGAAUAAGACGACCCAGAUUAUGUUGCCUGCCACUGAUGGCUUCCAGUGUGUCCCUCACCUAGUGUUUUCACCUUUUCUGCACCGAGUGUCCUUCAUUGUAUAAUUGGGAAAUGGUGGUACAGUAAAGCCCUCUUGGGACAGCUAGAUGGCGCCAUAGUGCAUAGAGUGCUGGAGCUAGAGUAAGGAACACUCAUCUUCCUGAGUUCAAAUCUGGCCUCAGACACUUACUAGCUGCGUCACCCUGAGCUAGUCAGUUAACCCUGUUUGCCUCAGUUUCCUCAUCUGUAAAAAUGAUCCGGAGAAGGAAAUGAUGAACUGCCCCAUAUCUUUGCGGAGAAAACCCCAAAUGGGGUUAUGAAGAGUCUGACACAACCAGAAGGACUGAAUAACAACAAAGCCUCUUACAGAACACCUCACUCUACUGUAGAUGAUGAUGACAAUGAUGCUUUUGCAAUGUCGGUCUCAUCACGUCUCCAGACUCCACAGUGCUGCCCUGUCCAGCUCCCUCAAUGUAACAUACAAACAGUUGAAGGUUCAAGCUGGGAGAAACCCUUAAGAGGCCCUAGGGAAUUGCUUCGCUAACAUCUUCAUUAUGCUAGGACCUUAGCGCAGUCACCACUGACUUGUCCCACAAUCCCCCUGUGAAGGGAAAUAGGAUGACGUUCCUUGACUGUUGAGCUUCUUCAUGAGCAUGCCAGGCAAUGGCAAAGGACUCUACCCAAUAGUGUUGUUGAACAAACUCAACUGAUUUGUUUUUUGUAGCAGAAUUUUAGUGUCAUGAAAUAAUGAAUAAAAUAAUAAAGAAGCAA